AUGGAUAAUCCCGGUGGCAGUAAAAAUAAACCAUGUGUCGCUGCCACCACAAACAACCAAACGAGGCAACGAACAAACAAACCACCCACCCAUCCAACCGCCACCUUCAAACACUUAAAAAUCCCCAACGGUCAGCGAUAUGGCCUACAACACAGCAACACCAAACCUCAUACGACUGGGCUAGGUAUCCUCUUGCUGCUAAGUCCCCUAUGCUUGGCUCAAAGUGGUUAUCAAUAUGGACGAAAUGAUUUAAAUGCCGGUGGUGUACCGGCCACAGUUGCAUCACCACUUCGACCAUUAACGGGUGGUUUUGGUGCUGCCUCAACUGCGGCGGCUGCUUUUCCCACGGCGGCUACAGCAUUUGGACCCGGCACCACAAUACCAUCAGGACCGUUUGGUGGUUUCGGUACAACAGGACAAAAUCAACGAGGCAUCGGUGGUCUAACACCCACAGCUCAGACGGCAUUUGGCAGUGCCGCCACAAAUAUUCCCAAACGACCAAAUUUGGCACAACGUCCCACCGCCCCUGGAGCAUCAGGUCCCGGUAGUAUUUAUGGACAAGCACAAUUUGGUGGUAGUGCCACAGGACGUGGUGGCGGCAGCGGAGGAGGUGGUGCAGGUUCCGGUACUGGCUCCUCGGGACUUGGCGAUGAUUAUGAUGGAGAUUAUUCAGCCAUCCCGGGUGUGCCUGGUGUCGAUUAUCCCAUCUACAGUCAGGUGCCGCAAACAAAUUUCGAUUGUGCCCAGCAAGCAUUGCCGGGUUAUUAUUCCGACAUCGAAGCCCAGUGUCAAGUGUUUCACAUUUGUGCCUUGAAUCGUACCUAUUCGUUCCUGUGUCCAAAUGGUACCAUUUUCAGUCAGGAGGUAUUGGUUUGUGUAUGGUGGAAUCAAUACGACUGUGCCUCGGCACCCAGCCUAUAUGCCAAUAAUGCUUUUAUCUAUGAUUAUGGCAACGAAAGGAUACCCACCAAUGCUGGGUAUCAGCCUUCUGGGAAUCAACAACAAUUAGGAAGGGGUCAAACAGGAAUUUUGGCUGCCAAUGCAGGACGUCCAACGGCUACAGGUUCCAGUAACAUUUUCAAUCCACAACGUUUACAGCCAAGUGUAACGGGAGGUGGAGGUGGUGGUGUGGCCGUACAACCAUCAGCCAUAGCAGGGGUUCAAGGCGCAGGAGGUUUCGGUGGUGGUUCCAGCAAUACAGGGCGCUUUGGCAGCGGCGGACAAAAUCCCGGUGGACAAACAUUUCCCGCAACACCCUCACCCUUUGGCUCAGUCUUACGUUCCGGCAGCACCACCGGUGGUGGCGGAGGAGGAGGCGGCGGCGUUGCCAAUCCCACAGCCGUUGGAGGACCAACUGGAGGCGGUGGCAACUUUAAUGCCAAUGUUGGAGAAACUGCCUUUGGAAAUGCUGCAAUUGCUACUCCGACAACUAAAAAUAGAGAAUAUUUGCCACCACCUGCCCGGCGCCAAUAA